GGCGCAGGUGAAUGAAAGGGGGGCGUGUCCGUACGCGCAGCUCGCGGGCGGCGGCUGGAACCCGGUGCCAGAGCUCCAGGCCCCGCCAGGGCAGCAGCGGCUGGUGGAGAGAUGGAGGCGCAGUCCUAUUGCGCCAAGCUCUUGGGGGAGUUGAAUGAGCAGCGGAAAAGGGACUUUUUCUGUGAUUGCAGCAUCAUCGUGGAAGGGCGCAUCUUCAAGGCCCACAGGAACAUUCUGUUUGCUAACAGUGGCUACUUCCGUGCCGUGCUCAUCCACUACAUUCAGGACAGCGGGCGGCACAGCACAGCCUCCUUGGACAUUGUCACCUCCGACGCCUUCUCCACCAUCUUAGACUUCCUCUACUCCGGGAAGCUGGACCUGUGUGGCGAGAACGUGAUUGAAGUUAUGUCAGCUGCCAGCUACCUGCAGAUGAACGACGUGGUCAACUUCUGCAAGGCAUACAUCAGGUCGUCCCUCGACAUAUGCCGGAAGAUGGAGAAGGAGGCUGCGGUGGCCGCAGCCGUGGCGGCGGCGGCUGCGGCGGCGGCGGCCGCUGCUGCAGCUCAUCAGCUAGACGGUGGAAGUCCGAGUUCAGGACUGGAGGGCACUUCCUGUGGUGCCAAGAGCUUUGUCUCCUCCCCGAUGGAGGGAGAGGGGAGCGUGGACUGUACAAGAGCGUCCCCUUGUGAAGAGUGCCGUCCCUUGGAGCUGGUGCUGAAAGACAGCCAGGGCGCUGGGGUCUCUGACGGUGACCUUUCUAUUGUGCCCAGACGGGUUGAACCUAAGGUGGAGUUUGGUGUUGCCGGAGCGGAGGCGGAGGCUGGCGAACAGCUGCAGUAUGGCACCCCGCUGGUGCCGGCGGAGGAAGCCCUGCCCAGUCACCAGGCCUUAGAUUUGACUUACGGCAGCUACCACGUGAAGCAGUUCCUGGAGGCCCUCCUGCGCAGCGGUGCUGUCCAGAGCAAAGAGGACUCAGAGCAUCCCCUCUCUCAGGGUUUGGAGGGAAGACUGGAAGGCGCAGGAGUGGCCAUGAGUUCGGUGAUGGAUGGUCAGAAUGACUGGUAUAGAGAGGACUCAGGUGACGUGCUGGUGGUUCCCAUCAAGCUCCACAAGUGUCCUUUCUGUCCCUACACUGCCAAACAGAAGGGCAUCCUCAAGCGGCACAUCCGCUCCCACACGGGCGAGCGGCCUUAUCCCUGUGAGACCUGCGGCAAGAGGUUCACGCGCCAGGAGCACCUUCGGAGCCAUGCCCUGAGCGUCCACAGAUCCAACCGCCCAAUGAUCUGCAAAGGCUGCCGAAGGACCUUCACGAGCCACCUGUCGCAGGGGCUGCGGCGCUUCGGGCUGUGUGACAGCUGCACCUGCGUCACAGACGCUCACGAGGAGGAGGAGCUGGUGCCGGUCAACCUUAGCCUGGCGGAGGCGUCUUCCGAAAGCCACGAGAAGAGCGACACGGACGACUGGCCCAUCUACGUGGAGUCCGGCGAGGAGAACGACCCCGCGGCGGAGGAGGCCGACGACGGGCCGCACCCUCGGCCCCACGCUCUCCCGGCCGAGCGGCGCUGACGUUGCAGCCGCCCGGGAUCGGCUGUGAGGUUUUGGUGUUAACUGCUCGUUCUUACGGUGACAGGCACCGCUUGUUUGACUGUGAAAGUCGGGGAUUGUCUGCCCGCAGUCCUGUCACUUUGGUUAGGCUACGUGUGCGAUGGAGGCUGGGUGUUGGGGCUCCGAAGACUGAUUGAGGUUUUCGGGUGGGUCCCGAGGGGUUUGUUGGCCCCUCCUUGGUUCUGAGCGCAUCAAGGUUGGCCUUGAGGCCUCCUCACUUUCCUGCUGAGGAGCUGACUCUGGGGGGAGCCUGCUUCUGAAGAGGCGGCAAGAAUAUGUCGUCAGGACACCCUCCCUUGCAGGGCGUUUCAUAGAGAAUUCUGGGGAUCUGCGCCGACUACGUGGUCAUGGUUAGACUGUGCUUCCAAAGGCCCUGAGCUAUGUGACACAAACACUGAGAUGAAUUGCGAGUCCGUUAGGGCCCCCUUGCUUGCCCAACUGAAGGAAGUUAAAUGAGCCCCUCAAAAGAGCCUGUGAGCCAGGGCGGGGAAGUGUCCCUGUCUGUUCUGCUAUUGACAAUUCUAUACACACAAAUACCCUGUUCUGAGCUUUUAAAACAAGUCGUCUGGGCGAAGCUCAAAAUGCUCCCCUGCUUUUCUUAGUCAUUUCCAAGAGUCCUCUCAGGGCAGCCUGGAAAUGUAUGUCCCGCUGGCACUCUUUCACCUCGCUUAUGCCCAGACUUUAGUUGGGGGAAGCGCACACCUGACUAACGUGCUAUUUCUAGGUCAUUCGGCUUUCAGAAGAUUUUCUAGAAGGAAGGAGCUGGCUGGAACAGGUUUUAAGCCAGCCUGCUUUUGCACCCACACUGCAGCCAGGUCACAAAGUGUCAAAUGACAGGAAAGACAGUGGAUGAAGGGUGUGCUAUGCUAGGAGCCACCUUCCUAGGCUUUCCUUGUGUUAAAGUAUCCAGAGUGGACUUAAAAAAAAUAUCCCCUUGUCUUCCUUAAUUUCAAUACAGUUUCAAAAGGCAGUGAGGUCACCCGUCUUUCUGCCUCUUGAACAAUAACUAAACAGGAAGCUUUUAUAAAUUGGUUUGUCUGGUCUUUGAAGAGUUAAAGCCUUUCUUGGUUGGUUGGUUGGUUUGUUUUGAGACAGGGUCUCUCUGUGUAGCCUUGGCUGCCCUGGAUCUCACUAUGUAGACCAGGCUGGCCUCGCACUCACAAAGAUGUGACAGCCUUUGCUUCGCAAGGGUCUGGAAUUAAAGGUAUGCACCACUGGAGAUACAGUCCAUUGCCUGUCAUUAGGAAGGGCCUGGGUCCAAUCCUAGUACUGCAAUAAACAGAUACCUAAUUUUGUGUGGUCUACACGAAAAAAGAAGCCAUUUAAAAAAAAAGAAAGAAAGCGAAGAGGCUGGAAAGAUGGCUCAGCAGUUAAGAGCAGAGGUUGCGAACCUGGGUUCAGUUCCCAGCAAUGACGUGGUAGCUCACAACGGUCUGUAACUCCAGUUCCAGGAGAUCUGACACCCUUACAGCAAUGCACAUAAAAUAAAAUAAGUUAUAAGGAAAAUGGUAAACUGCAUUAAGAAAGCAGAGUCUUUUGAUUUCAUUUGGUUUUGGUUUCCUCAGUGGCAGGUGCUGUAUCCAGGACUUGUUGGGCAAGUGCUCUCUUAUAGACUUAAAUACUGUGCCCCUGGAAAGGUGUUUUAAGUCCUGGGACAGUACUCUGAAGCUGUGGUGACACUUUUUUAAAAGUUUAUUUUACGUAUGUGAAUGCUCUAUCUGCAUGCCGGAAGAGAGCAUCAGAUCCCAGUAUAGACGGUUGGGAGCCACUGUGUGGUUGCUGGGAUCGAACCCAGGACCUGUGGAAGAGCAGACGGUGCUCUUAACCUCUCUCUGGCCCCCUGUGGUGAUGCUUUAUGCUGCUGUGAUGUCCACACCUGGUUAGUGGCUUUGUCUUCUUGAACAAGGCAUGGACCAGCUCAGGCGUGGCUCCCUAGUGAGCCCCGUCACAUAAAGACUAAUACCAGACAGGCGUAGUGGCACAUGCCUUUAUUAAUCACGGCAGCACUCACGAGGCAGAGGCAGGCGAAUCUCUAUGAGUUCAAGGCUAAGCUGGUCUAUAUAGUGAGUUCCAGGCUAGUCACUGAUACAUAGUGAGACCAUCUCAAAAACACAAAGAAAAAGUUUUAAAAUAAGUCAAAGGUUUGAGAGUUUUAAAAGCCAGUCUUUUAUCACAUGUCAUCUUAAAAAAAAAAAAAAAAAAAGACUACAUUAUCUGGGUGGUGGCGGCAAACGUCUUUAAUCCCAGUACUUGGGAGGCAGACACAGGAGUUUCUCCGAGUUCGAGGCUAGCCUAGUCUACAGAGGGAGUUCCAGGGCUACGUAGAGAAACCCUGUCUUGGAAAACAAAACAAAAAAGAAGAAAAAUAAAAGGAAAAUAAAACAACAACAAACUAAAUAAAGAAGCUAAGAUGUGGCUCAAUGAUAGAGCACUUUCCUUGCAAUGCUAGGGCAUGGAUGCAGUCCUCAGCAUUGCAAAACACAUUAACUCACUAGAUCAAGUUACAAAUUGACUUUUAUUUUUUGUUUGUUUGAUGCAGGGUUUCUCUGUGUAGCCCUGGCUGUCCUGGAACUUACCUUGUAGACCAGGCUGGCCUCAAACUCAGAUCUGCCUGCUGCUGUCUGAGUGUUGGGAUUAUAGGGUGUGCGCCACCUUGCUGGGCUACAAAUCUAUUAUCAGGGUCCAGAAAUACUUUUCUUGCCUAAGACAAAAAUAUUAGUUGUUGGGGCUGGAGAGAUGGCUCAGCAGUUAAGAACACUGGCUGCUCUUCCAGAGGUCCUGGGUUCAAUUCCCAGCAACCUCGUGGUGGCUCACAACCAUCUGUAAUGAGAUCUGGCGCCCUCUUCUGGCAUGCAGGUGUACAUGCAGAUGCAGCACUCAUAUACCUAAGAUAAAACUUACAAAAACUUAAAAAUAUUAGCUGUUUUUCAAUGGGGGAUAUGUUGGUGCACACUUGUGAGAGCCUGGUUCUGAGGAGGUAGCAGAAAUAUAUCAUUUAAAUAUAAAAGUUUAAAAAUCAGUAGUACCAAGAUUGAGAAGUGCUAGAUAUAAAGCGGGGUGUUUUGUUUUGUUUUAAAUGAUCUUUCAUGAUGGUCUUCAUUUUGUGGUCUGUUUCUGAGACCAGACGUUUCAUAGUUUGCCCAGUGCCUGAUGUCGGUUUAUGAUCUAGAAACUUCGAAAUUCAGCCGUGUAUGGUGGGAAACACCUGGAAGAGGGAUAGGGAAGAGGAGGACCUUUGGAUCAGGAGUUUCAGGUCAACCUCAGCUACAAAACAAGUUCUUAAGAAGUUGUGUCAGAGGGCAUGGUGGCCUGCACUUUUGAUCCCAGCACUCCAGAGGCAGAAGCAGGUGGACCUCUGUGAGGUGGAAGCCAGCCUGGUUUACCUAAUGAGUUCCAGGCCAACUACGGCCUGUUUCAAAAAAUAAAACGGAGAGGCUGGAGAGAUGGCUUAGUGCUUAAGAGCCCUUAUUGCUCUUGCAGAGGAGCCAAGUUCGGUUCCCAGCCUGAGGCUGCCUGUCUCUGCAACUUUAUGCGCAUCUGAUGCCUCUCCUCCCUUGGGGCACCUGCACUCAUGUGCACACUCACACCCACAGAGUUACUCGAAAAUAUCUAAGAGAAAAACCUGAAAGAGAAAGAAAGAAAGAGAAGAAAGAACAAAUGAAAAGUCUUUCACUCUGGUUUACAUACCCAGAAUCGUUCAUUCCUGUCUGACAUUUUCUUGUUUCGGGGUUUGUUCCUUCUUAUUGAUUUCUUUUUAUAGUUUUUGUCUUUUCUUUUUUGGUUUUUCAAGGCAGGGUUUCUCGGUGUAGCCUUGACUGUCCUGGGACCCACUUUGUAGACCAGGCUGGCCCCAAACUCACAGAGAUCCACCUGCCUAUGCCUCCCAGGUGCUUGGAUUAAAGGCAUGGGCCAUCAUGACCAGCAAAAGUGGCCAUUUUUGUCAAAUGAGUCUGUCUCACAGCGGCAGAAUUUGGGGAGGAAAAUGGGCUGUAAAGCCGGUGUGUGUAUAGUGCUCAUUCUCUGUGGUGCCCCAGAUUGUUCAUCCCUGGUUGACUUUUUGGAAUUUGUGCAGUGUACAUUAUACUAAGUGGCUUGUGUACCCUGUCAUUUUUUUAAUAGCUGCUUCUUUGGUGGACGCUGUCAGAGCAUGAACUGGUCUCCUUUCCAGUGUGCUUUCACGUUCAGUGAGCAGUAUUUAUUAUCCUUAGUAUCUUCAACGUUUAACUCAUGGUGCUAAUGGCUUAAAAGUAUUAGGAUGAUACUGGGGAUUGAAACUAAGCAAACAGUAUGCCACUGAGUCAUACCUGCAGCCCAUGGUGACUUUUUUUUUUUUUAAGACAGGGUUUUUAUGUGUAGCCCUGGCUAUCUAUGUUGACUUUUUUGUUUGUUUGUUUGUUUGUUUUGCUUUGUUUUGUUUUCGAGACAGGGUUUCUCUGUGUAGCCCUGGCUGUCCUGGACUUGCUUUGUAGACCAGGCUGGCCUUGAACUCACAGUGACCUGCUUUACCUCUGCCUCCCCAGUUGCUGGGACUAAAGGCGUGCACCCCCACACCCGGCACAUGCUGACAUUUUUAUAAGUAAAUUCACAGUUGGGCCCAACACUGACCAUUAGUGACUGAGUUAAUAUCAUUGCAUCUUUCUGGCAUGUUCAGUCUAAGUUUACAAGAAGGUAGUUUUGUCUCAUAGCAGAUACAGUGCAUAGAUGGGCUCAUGAUACAAACUUGAAAUGAAAUUUAGUGGUACUUGAAAUGAGAGGUAGUGGGUACAUGCUGUUAAUUCCGGCAGAGGUAGGCAGCGCUCUGUAGUGUUCAUGGUAGCCAGUGCUACAUAGUAAGACUCCGAUGACCCCAUCCCCCAAAAGGAAGAAGAAAAGAAGAAAUUACGGUGUGCAUGAUUUCUGAUCCUUGUACAGAAAGAUGGUAUUUUUCUGCAUUCUUCUCUUGUCCCUGGUUUAACCCUUAGUGCCAUAAAGAAAAAAGGGGGGAAGAAAUCCCUGGUAUUAGGGUGAGAAUUACGUGCUUUUGGCAAGUACCAAGCUUGGUGAUUUUACAGGGAGACAUCCACUUCAGAUACACAUCUUGGCGACGUGUAACGGGUUUAUGAAAUAUCUGUCAUGAAGACCUUGCAGGGUAUAACCAGGGUUUUUCUUUAGAAGUAGAGUGCAGACCUGUGAUCCCAGCACUCAGGGAGGCAGAGGCAGGUGGAUCUCUGUGCGUUCGAGGCCAGCCUGGUCUUACAAAGUGAGUCCACGACAGCCAAGGCUACACAGAGAAACCCUGUCUCAAAUAAACCAAGAAAAGAAGGAGGAGGAGGAGAAAAGAGACAUUCCAGAUGCUUGCAUGUCAUUUACUAUCCAUCUCCUUGAGGAGCACCCUCUGUUCCCGGGGAAAAAAGAAGCGAACAGUAUUGCUAUGCUUUCUAGGGGCUCCACAGACGUGAAGGUUUAGAUACAUUCGAUACAUGAGCUCCUACAGUUGGCAGCAGGUAAGAACCGGUUAAUAUGCUUCUGUGAGGUCCCUGAAGCUGUCCAUACGGCAAAGCUCAGGUGCAGGACACGGAGCGCACAAGGAUGGACUUUGCCUCGGAUCUUAGGUCUUCUGUGACAGACAACCUCAGACGUAGCUGCCAGGGUCUCAGUAAGACACGGGUUGGGGGUUACUCGGAUGCUUGUAUUUUGAUGCUAAUUACUGGCCCUCAAGAUCUGAUCAUUGCCCUAUCCUUGUUGUGUAAACCUGCCUAAGACACUGUUCCUGAUUGUUGAUUAAAAGGCCUAAAAGCUGGAAAGGGCAGAAUGGGGUAGGCGUGGCUAAGGUUCCCCAGGCUUUGGGUUCCGGAGAAUCAUGGGAAGCAGACAGACAAGCAGGAAGAGAGGAGGAAGGAGGACACCACGAUGGGCUGUGUCUGGAACUCACUUUGUAAACCAGGCUAGCCCCAAACUCACAGAUCCUCUUGCCUCUGUUUCCCUUCCGGAGUGCUGGGAUUAAAGGU